UGUGUACAUGGGGCCUACCAACCCUAUAGAGAAGGGCGUGACCUGAUUCACCCAGUGGCUGACAGGCUUCCUUUAGAUGAUUGCUACGACUCAGAGGAGGAAGAAUCGUUUUCAAGCGGUUUUUCUCCACCUUUAGCAGUGCAGGCAGGACCGCAUAAUGGAGAGCUGGUUGUGGAUGGGAUUACUGCUCCUCCUGUAACAGCUGCUGCAAACCACAGCAACCAUGAUUCCUUGGGACCUUUGUUACCUUCGCUACCUUUGUUACUGCCACCUUUUGUGUACCACUUCCAAGCCAACAUCGAACUUGAUGUGAUAAUAGCUAGCAUGGAAGACAAUGCCAUGUUGCAGCAAGAAACCAAUGAGGGCCAUAACGGACCUUCUGCCCUGAUUGUGGGCCAUCAUAUACACCACCUCCCUCUGUUGCCAAGACAAGUACACGAUCAGGUAAAUGUUGCACCCAAUGUCCCUCAGCAAGAGAGCCAAGAAGGACAACAAGGACGUUCUGAACUGGUGGGGAGUCGGCUACUCACUCUACCUGAGGAGCUGCUCCAAGGAUGGUUGAAUCAUUAUCACAAUAUUCGUAGGGGUCAAUCACGUUUAGUAGGAACGCAGUUCUUGGAAAGAAAUGCUGAGGUUCUACCACGACAUCCCAGCAUUGCAAUAUGGAGACAGUGUCGGCCUCAGCAAGCUGAUUAUGAUCGUUCCUGUGUUCUCCGAGUGGGAAAUGUCAGGAUGUUAAAGGAUAAAGCUCGCCAGGGAAUUGGAGUGUGUCUAACCAGUCCACCAUUCUAUAUCAAAGGUUACAGGGUGUGUGUGCGAGUGUACCUGAAUGGAGAUGGUAUUGGGGGAGCUACUCAUCUCUCUGUAUUCUUAGUACUGAUGCAUGGGGAGUUUGACACUCUACUGCAAUGGCCGUUCAGGCAACAAGUCACUGUAACACUUCAAGACCAGCUGUCUGACCAUGAUACACUCUUCUUGAGGGUCACACUGCGAUGAACUGACACAUUUUGCACGGAUUAACAUGUGAAUAAGUGAACCAUGGCAAUAAUUAUCAAACAAGUAUGCUAUAGUUUUGUGUAAUGUCAAUUCUGUCACUUAUCACAUCCUUAUAUUUAUAUCACCCCCCCCCAAUCAUCGACACAGGUGUAUAGUAUAAUUAUAGUACCCCACUCCACCACUUAAGCAUUUUUCUGUCUCUCUCAAAUCUGUGGUUCAAUAAUUUAUAUCAUUUUGAGAUACAGUACAUGAGCAUGCCAAUUAUAAAUACCAUUAAAUAUUGAUAACAUGUCACAUGCAUGCUACGCCACCUCGUGCAAUUACUAUCCUUGCCAUGCCAGUGCUUGUAAGGUGUUUAAACAAUUUUUUUUUUUUUCAAAAUUAAAUGCA